AUGGUCGUAUCAUCACCGACGGUGGAGGAUGGUGGUAGAUACGGAGGGCGGUGGAGAGCCGUGAGGGAUGAAGUUACGGAGGAAGCGUUGGUCGUGGCUGAUCGUUUAAGUCUUCUUCGCCUGAAAGAAGAAGAAGAAGACGGUUUCUCUUCGCUCUUUGUGAUUCGAACGGAGGAGACACUAAUUGAGGACAAAUCUUUAUCAUUUUGCACUUGUAAUGGAGAAAGAUGGAGAAGAUUGUUUUCUUUCUACAAGUUUCUGAAGCAAGAGCCUCAUGAAUUCCUGGGGACCAUGAAACAA